AUGUAUAGAAGGAACUAUACACCUCCUCGAGAUCAUGAAGAAAGGGAAGAUCGCUGGACACCACUUGCCGCGCCAAUCGAUCACAUCUUCGAAGUUAAUCGUGACACGGGACUCUUCCGCAGGCCAGCUCCACUAAAUUCUUGGCAAGCCAAGAAUAAGGAUAAGUACUGCGAAUACCACGAAUCAACCGGGCAUGAUACCCAUGAAUGUAGACAACUGAAAGAAGAGAUUGAGUUGCUAAUCAAAGAAGGCCAGCUUAAUGAAUGGAUAGUACGAGAAGCCCGGUCCCGACGAGAUAUUCGAGCCAAGGACAGAAGGGGGCUUGGCUAUACUGGCGAUCAAGAGAGGGGAAAGCAAGAGGACAUCCAGUUCGUUAAGGAGGGAAGCAUCCAUGUCAUCUUUGGAGGACCACAUUUGGCCGGUGAGGGGACCGGGGCUAUGGAGAGAUAUGCAAAGGAAGCGAAAGGUAGGCCCCUAACUAAUAUACAUAAUUUGUCAUCUAGACCGCCUAAGGUCUUUAGAGGCGAAGCCAUUGACAUUACCUUUUCAGGAGAAGAUGCCAGAUGGGUUCACCACCCACACAAUGAUGCCCUGGUCAUCGCCCUUCGUAUUGGUCCAAUGAAUGUUCAUCGUGUGCUCAUUGAUAACGGAAGCUCUGUCAACAUUCUUUAUUAUGGCACCUACCAGAAGCUUGGCCUCCCUGAUAAGGAUAUGAAAGUUGAGGAUGUCUAUAUCUAUGGAUUUGGUGGAGAGGCUGUAAAGGUAAAGGGGACCAUCCGGCUCCCAGUAACUCUAGGAGAAGGGACAUGCUCAGUCACUCAGGUUAUGGAUUUUAUGAUUGUGGAUCACGACUCAUCACACAAUGCCAUUAUUGGGCGACCGUUACUGAAAGAAAUGAGAGUGGUCACAUCAAUAUAUCAUUUGUCUAUGAAAUUCCCAACACCUGGAGGAAUAGGAGUUGUGAGGGGGUGCCAAUAUGACUCCAGAGAGUGUUACCUGCAAUCUCUUAAAGGUUUCAAGAAGAGUAGAUCACUGAAAGAACCCCUUGUUGCUAACACUGGUGGGGAGGUCAAUAUGACUUACUUCGUCCAAUUUCCUGAUGAAGGAGAUAAUCUCGAACAAUCAAAAGGGAAAGAACCGAUGGAAGUAGAUUCAGAUGCAGAGCUUAAGCCCUGCUCUAUAUGGGAAAAAGGGGAGACAUCUGGAACCAAAGAAGAGUCUGAUCUAGACCCAAGGCUGCCCCUAGAGUCAACCAAGACCGGUCCAGCUGAGGAUACUGUUGAAAUCCAGGUUGGGGAAGCCGGAGAGGCCAAAAUAUUAAAGAUAGGGUCUAAGUUGAAAGGAGAGUUGAAGGCAAGCCUUAUCCGUUUCUUGAGAAGCAACUUGGAUGUUUUUGCUUGGUGUCAUGCCGAUAUGGUAGGAAUCGAUCCAGAAGUAAUGAGCCACCAUCUAAACAUCGACCCUACCAAGAAAGGGAUGAGACAGAAGAGAAGGCCUGUUAGUGGAGAAAGGGCCCAAGCACUAAAGGAAGAGGUUGACCGGUUGUUGGGUGCUAAGCUGAUCAAGGAGUCGUUCUAUCCUACAUGGCUGGCUAACCCGGUCCUUGUCAAGAAACCUAAUGGGAAGUGGAGAACCUGUGUUGACUUCACAGAUCUAAACAAAGCAUGCCCAAAGGAUAGUUUCCCACUCCCAAGGAUAGACCAGUUGGUGGAUGCCACAGCUGGACAUGUCUUGCUGAGUUUCAUGGAUGCCUAUUCAGGAUACAAUCAGAUCCCCAUGCAUGAGCCAGAUCAGGAACAUACCUCAUUUAUAACAGAUAGGGGGUUAUAUUGCUAUAUAGGAAUGCCAUUCGGGCUAAUCAAUGCUGGCGCAACUUACCAACGCCUUGUGAACAUGAUGUUUAAAGACCAAAUUGGUAAGACUAUGGAGGUUUAUGUAGAUGACAUGCUGGUCAAGUCCAAGGAGGCGCAAGAUCACAUUCGGCACUUGUCUGAAAUGUUUGACAUACUUAGAAAGUAUCGAAUGAAGUUGAAUCCCCAGAAGUGUGUAUUUGGAGUUGAGUCUGGUAAAUUCUUGGGAUUCAUGGUAAAUCAUCGAGGGAUCGAAGCUAAUCCUGCAAAAAUCAAGGCAUUACUUGAUAUGAAGUCUCCUCAGAAUGUGAGGCAGGUUCAGAGCCUUACGGGAAGGAUAGCGGCAUUAAAUAGAUUUGUGUCUAAGUCCUCAGACAGAUGCAAGGAAUUCUUUAAGGCUAUCAAGGAGGCUGGGAAAACAUUUGUAUGGACGGGUGAAUGUGAAGAGGCCUUCCAAAAGAUAAAGGAACAAUUGGGAAAGCCACCUCUCUUGGCCAAGCCUAUAGAACGGGAAACAUUGAUCUUAUACCUGGCUGUUUCAAGAUACUCGGUCAGCGCCGUUCUUGUAAAGGAGGAGAAGGAUGUCCAAUUCCCGGUGUAUUAUGUUAGUAAAAGGCUAUUGGAUGCUGAGACAAGAUACACUAGCAUGGAAAAGUUGGUAUACUCUUUGAUCUUAGCAGCAAGGAAACUUCGUCCAUACUUUCAGGCACAUAAGAUUGAUGUAAGAACUUCAUACCCUCUCCGUCAGAUUAUGCAUAAGCCAGAAGCAACGGGAAGAUUGAUGAAAUGGGCAGUAGAGCUAGGACAGUUUGAUUUGGAGUAUAAGCCUAGGGCUACUGUCAAGGGUCAAGCUCUGGCUGAUUUCUUGCUAGAAUUUGAAGAUGAUAACCAAGAAUGGGCAAUAGUGCCAUAUAGUCCCAACAUUGAGCCUAUUGACGGACUUUUGGUAGAGGAUGAUGCAUGGUGGAAUUUGCAUGUCGAUGGAGCUGUCAACUCGGAUGGAGCUGGUGUAGGGAUAGUUUUGGUUAGUCCCGGGGGGUGUCGAUUGUUAAGUGCCAUCCACCUAGGGUUCCCUGCAACCAAUAAUGAUGCAGAAUAUGAAGCUUUGAUCAAUGGUUUAGCCCUAGCAGUGGAAAUGAAGGCUAGGAACCUUAUUGUGUACAGUGAUUCGAUGUUGGUGGUCCACCAGGUAAAUGGGGGGUUCUUAGCUCGAGGUUGGAGGACGAAUUUAUACAUGACCCAUACACAAGAGUUGAUGAAGAGGUUCAAAGCGGUACACUUGGAAAAGGUUCCUCGCAAGAAAAAUGAAGGUGCUGAUGCAUUGGCCAAGGCCAGUUCUAGAAGGGACACCAAGUUAUUAGGAACUAUCCAAUUCUGUGUUCAGGAGAAGCCAAGUGUGUUAGAAGCACAGAAGGUCACCCGGUUCAGAGGAGAUCUGAUGGAGGUAGAGGAUGAAGUUGUGGAUACUUGGAUGACCCCUAUACUUAAGUUCAUCCAAGAGGGUCAACUCCCGGAAAGUGUAAAGGAAGCCAGAAAUCUCAGAUACAAAGCAGCGAGAUUUGUAAUAUAUGAUGGUGUUUUGUACAAGAGAGGGUUCAACCAGCCACUGCUGAAGUGCAUUGCAGGAGCAGAGUGCAAUUAUAUCUUAAGGGAGGUGCACGAAGGAAUAUGCGGCAAUCACUCGGGGGGUAGUUCACUUGCACUGAAGAUCCUUAGGCAAGGAUACUACUGGCCAACUAUGAGGAGUGAAGCAAGCAAGUUCGUGCAAGCGUGUGACAAGUGCCAGCGAUUUGCCACAUAUUCAUCUCGUCCCGCAGCAAGUCUGACUCCGUUACUCAGUCCAUGGCCAUUCGCUUUGUGGGGGAUAGAUCUCAUUGGAGAGCUUCCAAAAGCCAAAGGAGGAGUCAGGUAUGCAGUAGUGGCAGUAGAUUACUUUACAAAAUGGGCCGAGGCCGCACCUCUAGCAACCAUUACUGCUAAGAAGAUAACAAGUUUUGUAUUCAAUUCAAUCGUGUGCAGAUUUGGUAUCCCAUACAAACUAAUAUCUGAUAACGGGAAACAAUUUGAUAGCAGAGAACUGAAGAAGUUAUGUGAUGAUUUGAAUAUAAGGAGAAACUUUGCAGCUGUGUACCAUCCACAAAGUAAUGGACAGACUGAGGCAAUCAACAAAAUCAUCAAACACACGCUGAAGGCCAAGUUAGAAGAGAAGAAAGGUGAUUGGCCGGAUGAGCUUCCAAUGGUGAUGUGGUCAUACAACACCACGCCAAGGACAACCACUGGGGAGUCGCCGUUCAUGUUGACCUAUGGCUGUGAAGCAAUGGUUCCAGUAGAGGUCGGAGCAGGUUCCUUCAGGAGAGACCACUUCCAGGAAGAGGCCAAUACUAUCAACCAGAGGCUACAUCUUGAUAUGCUGGAAGAAGUCAUGAGGGAGUCGCAAGUUAGGUUGGCAGCAUAUCAACAAAGGAUAGCCCGGUUCUACAACAGUCGAGUCAAGCCCAGACCAUUCAAGGUGGGGGACUUGGUGUUGCGCAGGAUGAUGCCAGGAAUGAAAGUACCAGGCCAUGGAGUGUUUGGGGCAAAUUGGGAAGGACCCUACCGCAUUCGAGCUGAGAUUUUUGGAGGUGCGUAUUACUUGGAGGAUAUGCAGGGAGAGCCCAUCUCUAAGGCAUGGAAUGCUGAGCACUUAAAGAAAUACUAUCAAUUGAAGCAACCUGUAAUUGUUGGGUACAAUAGAAGAUGGAAUGCUUGUGAUAAUCCCUUGGUGAAAUGA